AUGCCAGAUCCAGCCCAGAAUCCAGUUGAAGCGACAGAUCCAUUGCCUGAUCUCAAAAAGAAACGCACAGUUUGCCGUGCUCAACUUACGAAGAUCUUCAAAAAGGCAGAAGCAGAAAUCGGACAAUAUGACGCUGAGGUUGACAAAACUAAAGCCUAUGCCACGCUUCGAGCAACAUACAAACUUGUUCAAGAUAGAUAUGCAAGACUCAUCGCUACUGAUGAACAAAUUUUCAACGCAACUCAAGACCCCGAUCUGAGCAGCGACAUAGAAGAGACAGACGACUAUGAGAUUCAGAUCUCCGAGAGAAAAGAACUAAUCGGACAAUUUCUCGAGUCACGCGACCCCUCUACACUGAAAAAAGCUGCGAAUGCCUCGUUUAUCGCCGGAAAGCAAAUCUCCGCGCAAUCAUCCGCUCAACGAAGAGCCGUUCAACUACCGAAACUCGAAUUACAGACAUUUGCGGGAGAUACACUAAAAUGGGUUAGUUUCAAUGAUACAUUCAAUGCUGCCAUACAUAACGAUGGAACACUUGACAAUAUCCAGAAGUUCACCUAUCUGCGAAGCCUUCUGACAGGUGAAGCCGCACGCACAAUUGAAGGACUUGAUCUUACUGAUGCCAACUACGCUAGCGCUUUGACAUUACUCAGGGAAAGGUAUGGACAGAAACAAGUCAUAAUCAGUGCCCACAUGAAAUCACUGUGGGAACUACCAACGCCGACGGAAGAUGCCACAAGUCUCCGUCACUUCUACGACUCGCUCGAAUCCCAUGUUCGCGGUCUACAUGCACUGGGUGAAGACGAGAACUCAUACGGAAAACUUCUUGUACCCAUGAUUCUAGAAAAACUGCCGACUGAAAUACAACGUCUACUAGCAAGGGCACGUGGAGAUGUCGCUUGGAACCUACCCGAUCUCCGAAAAGCCAUACUCACCGAAAUUAAGAUAAGUCAGGUUGGUAACAAUAGCAUUUUAACAAAUCAACCCACGAUUACUGCUACCUUUCACACUACGACGCGAGGGCAGAAAUCAGCUCGUCCGAAACGCCUUUGCGCCUACUGCAAAGGAUCGCAUUCGCCUUCCGAAUGUACGGUUGUUACAGACGCGAAGCGCCGUUUGGAGAUCGUACGCCGAGACAAACUGUGUUAUAAUUGUUUAGCUAAGCAUCUCGUUGGAAACUGUGCAUCGAAACACGCCUGCAGACACUGUCAACGUAAGCAUCACUCAUCGCUUCACAUUCAUGGAUAUAACGGCAGUAACCCAAGAAAUAAUAGCAGCGCCACAAAUGGAUCUAAUCCCAGUGGGGAUACUCGUCACAAUUCUGGAUUACCUGCAGAUUCGGCCACUGGAUAUAAUACACCGGUUUAUACGGCCAAUAAUGGAAAUCCUACUAGCAUACCUACAAAUGGAUCUAAUACAAAUGGAAAUAAUACUCGUGUACAUUUUACUUCAACCCUGAACUUUGCGCCAAAAGAGCCGGUCCUACUCAAAACUGCUAAAAUACCCGUUUCUGUCAAUAAUGGAACUAUUGUCUCCGCUACUGUACUAUUUGACGAGGGAGCUAAUCGCACAUUUGUUACUGGAAGUUUCGCCGACAAAAUACACGCUACGCGUUCCGAAAGCAUUGAUCUUGCUUCAUUUGGAAACAAACAUACACGCAUACGCUCAAUGAAAAAGGGGACAUUCGAUCUGCAUACCAUUUCCGGCAACAAAGCGGAAAUUGACGCAUUGCUCAUACCAGAGAUAUCGACUUUGAUGUCCAAUCACGUCGAUUACGAACUAUUGACACUUCCAUAUCUGAAAGGGCUACGCCUAGCUCACCCGGUUUCUAAUGACACUUGUUACAACAUCGACAUUUUAAUCGGUGCCGACUACUACUGGAAUUUCGUCGGAGACGAAGUUAUACGUGGUAAAGGCCCUACAGCCGUGUCAUCUUCUUUCGGUUACUUGUUAUCUGGUCCUAAACAUAAUGGGAAAUCUACCGCUGCUGCUAAUGUGCUACACGUAAUGACUGACACUUACAAAACUGACAUUGCUAUCACUUCAUACUGGGACCUUGAGUCCAUCGGCAUCAAAGAUGAUAUAUGCUCCGAUAACACGCCUACAAAGGAAACCGAAUUUAAGUCGUAUCGCGAUACUCACCUGCGCCGAGAGGACAAUCAUUUUGUUGCUAAGUUACCAUGGAAAUCAGACCACGCUCCACUACCUACGAACUACAACGUUUCGAAUUCGCGAACGCGAUCCAUGAUUCGCCGUCCACCACCAAAUGUUGUUGACAUUUACGAUAGAAUAAUUACCGAUCAAGAAAAACAAGGCUUCAUUGAGGUCGUUAAGAACGAUAACAGUGCAUGUGGUCAUUACUUGCCACAUCGAUCCGUCAAAAAAGAUUCCGAGACCACGCCAAUUCGUAUUGUAUACGAUUGUAGUUGUAAGAAGAACGCUGAUUCCCCUAGCCUAAAUGAUUGCCUAAUGACCGGGCCUCCAUUACUCAACGACCUCACCUCGAUAGUACUACGAUUUCGCGCAAAUUCUAUCGCAUUGACAAGUGACAUUGAAAAAUCUUUUCUCCAAAUACGUCUUGAACCUAAUGAACGAAAGUUUACAAAGUUCUUGUGGCGUUCUAAUCCACGAGAUAUCGAGAGCGAAUUCGUCACUUACCGAUUCAAAUCGGUUUUAUUCGGCGCUGUGUGUUCGUCUUUCAUUUUGAAUGCCGUAGUCAAAACGCAGAUGGAAGCAAAUUCGGACAUUCCAACCUAUUCCGAUUUGAAACAGAACAUAUAUGUAGAUGACGUCAUAACCGGCA